UGGCCGUCUUUGCGCCGGUCCGUGACUUUGAUACGUCUCGAACAUUCCCCAGAUUCUACAAGAUCAACGUCGGCGCCAUCAAUUGCACCAUCGCAUUGCUCCUGGCCACUCUGGUGGAGAGGAGCCAAAAAGCGGUCUGUUGGUCUGUUCCCAAGCACCCCGGCCAGCAAAGUGCCUGACCCGGCAUGGCAGACCUCACGCCGUGGUGAUGCCACUAUUUAGUUCGUCAUCGCAAGCAUACAUCUCUUUCGAUCUCGCGCCCCGCUCAACGACGUUACAGAUGAUGGGUGGGGUCUAGCAAAUCAGAGAACGAUGCCCUUUCCAGGAUACUUGCCCGAACUGCUGUUGAUAUCUUUGUCAUGCAGCCUUACGUAUGUUUGCAGUCACGCAUCACCAGAGACCAGCCUGACAGGUCGGUACCAGAUAACGCGGAAUAAUCAGACACAACCUCAAGGGCCUCAGUCCCACCAUGAACUUGACGCACGUCGAGCAAGAUGCCUCCAAGGCAGGCGGGACGAAAUUCCGCCGAGGUGGUUGACAGAGUUCGCAGAGACCCUGAUUUGUGGCACGUCUCGCAACCCUAACCCUUUUUGGGACAGCUGCCUCUCAACACCAUGUUUCGUUAUCCAGCCCGUUUCUUCUUCCAUACAGAUGCUCGUCGACAUUAUCGAUGGGCGAUGCCACUUCGCAACCAAGGCUCAACUGAUCCUACGGUCCGCUGAAACGUCUGCGGGGUAUCUGUUGUCGUAUCAGAUGUUACGUGCAUUGCGGAUAGACAUGUCUAAAGACUCAACAAUGGUUGUCAGUAGACGGGUAAGGCUGUUGGCGUCAACGGCUUCUCGCAUGCAACAUCGCGCGGAUCACAACGCGGUCUGCUUGUCGAUGAUGAUAUUAGCUCGCAAACUUGGCGACUAACACGUCAAUUUGUUCAGCACCGCCAUUGAGAUCAUGACGUUCACAAUGAUGGAACACUUACAUAUAUUAGUUUGUAUAGCUCAAGGGCGUAGUACAUGUCCAGGUCGCAAACCAAAUUAGUUGAAUCCACCAACUUUUUGGAUCUCGACACGACCUUUGUGGGA